AUGAGGCUCUCUUCUCCUAUUUCGCCUCGCGAGGCAUUAGCCGCGCCUACAACAAAUAGGGAGAAUUUCAUCCAGAGCAUAUGUUUCAAGUCGAUGCGGUCCUUUAGGCACCAGCUAAUCCUAGGCCUCGCAAUCAGCGACUGUGCUAUGGCGGUCAAUUUCCUCGCCUCAUCAGCAAUGAAUAUCAGUGGCCGCCGUAUCGGAGAUCCAGAGAAUGCACGAUUCUGCAGCUUCAACGGCUUUGCAACUCAGGUUUUCGUCGUCCAGACGGACUACUGGGUGCUGACAAUUGCUCUCUCCACACACUUCAUCCUUGCUGGCUAUAAGAAGAUAUCCGACUGGCUCCAGGAUAAACGCUGGUUGUUGGCCGCCCUCCCUUGGGUUUUGUCGGUAAUAUGGGCAUCCAUUGGGCUAGGUGUUGCUGGUUACGGGGACAUUGGAGCAUGGUGCUGGUUCACUUCUGAUGAAGUCCGCCUCCUUGUCAACUUCGUGCCCCGUUGGAUCAUUAUUGCAGCUAUGCUAAUCAUGUACACCCAUCUGGCUUUCGUUUUAUACCGAGCCCAUAAGCAAUUUCGGGAUUUCCAGGACUACUCUUCAGAUGAUCCGAGCUCCUUCUGUUCGAGGGGUGUAGACGGCCUGCCGCAUUCUGGCUCGAGGACCACGGCCGCCGACGACGACCACCCAGCUGAACCCCGAAGACAACAGCAACAGCAGAGGAACGGCCGAAAGUUUAAAAAGGCAAGUUGGGAUCUGCUAUCUUAUAUGCUACUCUGGACGCUGCCGACAGCAGUUCGAAUAUACCAGGCUACUCGAGAUGUCCCUGCACCUUUUGCGUUACAGACAGUUGACAAGGCAUGCAUCGUAAUCCAAGGUUUCGUCGACGCCGUGAUCUACGGCCUGAAUGAGUCUUCAUUGUCCAACUGGCGCAACCUAAUUUUCCCCCGGGCCUUCCCCGUCACCGACGGCUUAAACCUCUCCUACGUUACUAAACAGACGCCGCCCCGAUUCCCAUCUUCUCGAGUGAGUGACGGCGACAGCGCUCCAGGGGAUUCGGCAAGUUUAGACACUCCCACCCACGCAACGAGAAGCAGGAAGUUGAAAGCCGUCCGCUUCUCAGAUUCCGGGGUUCCCUGGAAGGUACCUCCUAUAAUUGCAGUGCCGGAAUCGGUGGAUCAGCAGUUUCGUGAAAGUGAGCACAAUAGAAUGGAGCUUAGGAUUCUGAAAGAGGUCGAAUUCAGUGUUACUCCGUCGACGCUCGCUUAG